UCCACUUUUUCUCUUACACAACUCCACUUUUUCAAUUUCUCCAUCAAUUUUCACCCCCAUUUUUUCUCUAUAAAAUCUCAGCCAAUCCCACACUAUCACUUCCCCUUCCUCUCCUCCUCUCACUAGCAACAUAGAAGAUCAUCAUCAUCAUCCCCUCUCCCCUCCCAAAAUUAGGGUUUUGAGAUUUUUUUGUUUUCUUUUUCUCUAAAAGAGUUCUUAAUGUUAAGAUUAUUGUUGUGGAUUUCUGAGAUUCAUGUCUGCAAUAAUAAUUCUUAGUGAACUCUUUCUCUCUGGGUUUAUGAUAAAUUCCACAUACAGGCGCAGGACCCAUUUAGUUCAAUCAUUCUCCGUCGUUUUUCUCUACUGGUUUUACUGUAUUUCAUGAUUAAUCUCGCUUCUGUUUAGCUAAUUACUUAAUUAAGCUCUACUACAUAUAUAUACAUAUCAUAUCAUAUAUCCCAAUAAAUAUUUCCCAAAUUUUAAUUAAAAAGAAAAAAGAAAUUGAAUUGAAAAUUAAUCUGGUGCCAUGGAUUAUUCAUCGAGCGGAAUCUCGUCGAAUUCGUCGUCGGCGGUGGCGAAUUCGGCGUCGGAGGAAGAUCUGCAGCUGACGAUGGAUCUGCGGAAGAGGAAGCGGAUGAUCUCGAACCGCGAGUCGGCGCGGCGGAGCCGGCUCCGGAAGCAGAAGCACAUGGAGGAACUGAUGGCGCAGGUAGCCGAGCUGCGGCGCCAGAACCACCAGAUCCUCACCAGCCUCCGCGCCGCCACGCAGCACCACGCCGCCGUCGAGUCGGAGAACGCCGUCCUCCGCGCUCAGGAGGCGGAGCUCGGCCACCGCCUGCAGUCUCUCGUCGAGAUCAUCGAAUUCGCCGGCGGCGGCGCGUACGGGGAUAUGGAUGUCGGCGGCUCGUGGAAUCAGCUGAGCCAGCCGAUUAUGAUGAUGGCGGCUUUCCCGGCUGAUGCGGGCCCCGCCUGUGUGGAUCUGCCUAGACUUCUGUGCUGAAUUGUGGUGGUUAAUUAAAAUGGUUAAUUAUUGUAUUAUGGGGGUAAUUAAUUACUAGCUUGAGUUCCGAUAAUUAGCGGUAAUUGGUUAAAUAAAACUAAGGAGUUUAGUAGAUUAGGCUUCUUGUGAUCGAGGCUUAUGUUGUAUUAGCAUGUAAGUUUUGAUCAAGGGUUUAUUAAUCAAGGACUUUUGUAAUUGUAACAUGCUCCGUUUUAUUGAAAUGAUAGUUCUCUUCUACUACCUAUUUAAA